AUGAAGGCCCCUCACUCAGUGUGCAGUGAACCAUGCCUUUCAGGAUACAGGAAAGCUACCAUACUUGGACAGCCAAUCUGUUGCUUUGAUUGUGUGCAAUGUUCCAUGGGGGAGAUCACAAAUGUAACAGGUACGAGUGAAUGCAUGAGGUGCCCUGAACAUCUCUGGUCAGAUGAUAAACGAGAGAAAUGCAUUGCUAAAACCACUGAUUUCCUCGCCUUUGAAGAUUCAUUGGGUUUAUCUUUAACCAUUGCAUCAAUUGCCGCUUCAUACAUUACUGUAUCUGUCCUUGGUAUCUUUGUUAAGUUCCAUGACACCCCAAUAGUUAGAGCCAACAACCAAGAGGUCAGCUAUAUUGUGCUUGUCUCACUUACUCUGUGCUUUCUCUGUUCUUUGAUAUUCAUUGGCCGUCCUAUGAAAAUUAACUGCCUCGUCCGCCAAACAGCUUUUGGUGUAAUAUUUUCUGUUUGCAUUUCCUCUGUCCUGGCAAAGACUGUUACUGUCAUCAUUGCCUUUAAUGCUACUAAACCAUCCAGUAAACUAAAAAGGUGGGUGGGAUCGAGGUGGAUACCCUGCUAUAUUGUUUCCUUUAGUUCCUUGCUGCAGAUUAUUAUAUGUGUAAUCUGGUUGUGUACUGCUGCUCCAUUCCCACAGCAUAAUAUGAAGUCUGAAACUGGAAAAAUAAUAAUCGAAUGCCAUGAAGGUUCUACCAUUAUGUUCUACUGCAUGCUGGGUUAUUUGGGAUUCUUAGCCAGCACUUGUUUUAUUGUCGCUUUCUUUGCAAGAAAUUUGCCUGAUAGGUUUAAUGAAGCUAAACAUAUUACAUUCAGCAUGCUUGUGUUUAUUAGUGUAUGGCUAUCAUUUAUCCCAGCCUACCUGAGCACCAAAGGAAAGAACAUGGUUGCUGUGGAGGUGUUUGCCAUCCUGUCUUCAAGUGUGGCCUUACUUGUUUGUAUAUUCAUCCCCAAAUGUUACAUUAUUUUACUUAAACCUUACAAGAACACGAGAGAAAAAUUAACAGGGAAAUAA